GAGGAUCCUUUUGGCAUUUCCCAAUUUGCAAUCCCCACGCAACUCUCGACACUCCACGCCUUCGACCAUUGCCGCCACCAAACAAGCAAGCUCCUUCGCUCUCUCUUUGGGUAGCAGGUUGGAUAGAUUGUUUGCUAGCACGAAAAGGAUCCGCCAUGAGUUUGUUAUGGAAUUCCGCCAGAAAAGCAGUGACAACCAAGAAACUACUACGCCGAGGCCCAUUCCACAGAACAUGGCAUCCACAGCGCCAAUUCUCCCUUGGAUCCACCUGGGCAUCAUUUGCGACGGAUAAGGAAAAUAAUCAGGACAACAAGUCACAUUAUCCAAUCAGCAGCAUUCCAGCCAAACAGCAAACUUCUUUUCGAGAUGGUCUCUUUCGAGGAAAUAGAAGUGAUGUUCUGAGGAUGUUGGCAGCCAAGACACAAGCACUCUUGGAUAUUCCCAUUGGACGAUGGACUGCCCAGCAUAGGCGGGAUGCCAUUCACCUUUUGGAUCAUUGGACCGAAGGGAGCAGAGAAAAUGCCAGGAAAGAUCUGAGCCGACAAAAACAAGAACAAAGACGGAGAAGGCCUCCAGCGAAAAUUGACAGAAACAGCAUCUCUGGGGCAGCUCAGAGUGUCCUGUCAUCGUUUGCCCUCUUGGAGCGACUUCUUGUGGAGCAACAAAGAGGGAAGGGGGUGGAUUUAUUGGAGCGGGAGCUGAUUCACACUCUUAUCUUAAAUGGUGUGAUCCACAAUUGGUCUGUUUGUUGGAGGGACAUUCAAUCCAAGAAUGACAGGAAUUGCCCGGAAGCAAAGGGCGAUGCAGAACAUUUGGCCAAGGUUCUCUUGGAAUACACUCCCGAGAAUGUCCUUUCAAGGAUCAAUGCUUAUGCAGCCCGGUCGCGAGGACGUUUGAUUCCGAACAAAUUUACCUACCAUUGUCUUAUGGAGGGCGCUGCUGCUAGCCAGACUACUUCCUUUGCCGUCAAAGUCCUGGACAUAAUGUCCAAGGGAGAACCUACUAACAACACCAACAAUCUACUGGAGGAGGAUUCCGACAAUGCUUCCUCCUUCGGCAUGUUAGACCGUGAGACCUAUUCCAAGUUUAUCAGAAUCAUGGAUGAUCCUACCCAGGCAGAAGCCAUUUUGGAACACAUGAACAGUCAGUUUGUCAAGACAGGAAUGUCCAUCUUCAAACCAACGACUAAGGAAUUCAACGCUGUCAUAAAGGCAUGGACGCAAAAUUGCAAUGGAAAUUACAAGUAUGCCAGUGAUCGUGCGCAGAGUAUUCUCCGAAGGAUGGUGGACUUGUCUGCAGACGAUGGCCCCCUAAAGGAUAGCGCAGAUCCUGAUUUUCGCACAUACAGUUUGGUUUUGAGGUCAAUGGCAAAUUGGAUUCUUUCAGUGAAAGACGACAACAUGACAUUUGCAAAGGACUAUCAGUAUGUCGGAGAAGUUGCAGAGAGCCUUCUGGAUGACAUGAAAGAAGAGUUUCGCAAAAGUAAAGGCGGCAAGAAGCUUCGUCCAGAUGUCGUCAGUUACAAUGGAGUUCUCUUUAUCUGGACUCUGCUCGGUAACGCCGAGCGCGCAGAAGCCUUGUUGGAAAGAAUGUACGAGGAUUACAAAAUUUACAACAAUCAUCGUGCAGAACCCAACACUAUUUCCUUUAACUCCGUAAUGAAUGCCUGGAUCAAUAACCAGAGAGCAAACCUUGACACCACUUCCGUCCAGAGCAGCAUGGACGGAUCAACCUCUGGCGCCGGGGAACGGGCGGAGGCUAUAUUCCGCCGCAUGAAGGAGCUACAUCAAUCUGGCGCGCUCAAGAAUGUCAAACCAAACUUUGAGAGUUACUUUGCUGUAAUGAGGUGUUGGGGAGGCACAAAGAGAAAAGAUGCUGGUGACCGCUCGCUUUCGAUACUCCGGGAAGCUGAAGCUGCUCAAAUCGAGACGGGAGACACAUUGCUUCGUCCCUCAUCAUACGGGGCUGUUAUCCAUGCAUAUGCCAAUGCAGGCCUUGCCCAAGAGGCGGAAAGGGUUGCGACGGAGUUUCACCGUCAAUUCUACAAAUUCGGAAACAAGUCCACAAAACCAGAAAUGCAGCACCUUGCAAUGUUGCUUAAUGCUUGGGCAAAGUCUGGUCAUCCUGAUGCACCUAAAAGAGCGGAGACAAUCCUUCGCGAAUCGGAAAGGCUCUAUGAUGAGGGAAUUAUUUCAGAAAGGCCAGACACUGUAUCGUACACCAAUGUCUUGGAGUGUUUUGCCAGAUCGAGUCAACCUGGAUCCGCUGAAAGGGCAGAAGCUCUCCUGAAUGAAAUGAACCGAAGGGCCCGCAACGGGGAGUCACACUUGCAGCCCAACCUUGUCUCCUAUCGCCACCUCUUGCAUGCCUACUCAAGUCUUGGCUUGGUUAGAAAGUCAGAGGCACUGCUGGGGGAAAUGGUUGCUGAGAGCAAGCGAGGGAAUGGAAGCUGGAAACCCAAUGUGAAAGUAAUGAACCUCGUCCUCUCCGCCAUCUCUAAUUCGAACUACCCGGACACCGGUCAGAGAGCAUUUGCUUUUUUGAAUCGUAUUGAACAUCUCAUCGCCAAGAAUAAAGUCGACGGGAAGCCAGAUGUUGUCACCUAUACCCUCCUGCUGAAGUGUCUGUCCAAUUCUGACGACCCUGACGCAGGGAAGCAGGCUGAAAGUGUUUUGGACAAGAUGGAAGCGAGAGCAAUUCUAGGUGAGACGUCCGUGGCACCUAACACGUUUACCUACAGCACAGUUAUUCAGAUCUACGGUCGUGCUGGUAAACCGCAAGAAGCCGAAGCACUGUUGGAACGAAUGCAUUUGAAAUACGGCGAAGGAAAUGCAGAUGUAAAACCAAACGUGAGAACUUUCACGAGUGUGCUCCAGGCUUGGUCUCGUUCUGACGAUACGAGAGCACCUGAAAGGGGGUUGGCCAUCUUGAGGAGAAUGCAAGAGCUUGACACGAAAGGCGUUUUGGACGACGUCAAGCCCAAUGGCUUCAUAUAUGCUGCUGUUCUUGGUUGUGUUAGUUCCAGACAGGGCAAUAGCCAGCUAGCUUUGGAGCUACUCGAUGAGAUGGAACUGCUUGGCGAACGCGAACAAAAGGCAGAAACUCAAGUGGUUUGUUUCAACAACGCGCUGGAAGCAUUUGCCUUGGACGGUGAUGGGAUUGGAGCACAGCAGCUCGUCGCCAGGUGGCACCAUAAACUUGAGAAUGGGAAGAUUGCCGCAAGACCAAACCUGACAACAUGGAACAAUCUGCUGGAGGCUUGGUGCAACUCAGCCGACCCGAAUGCUCACAUAAGAGCCGAAUCGUUGUUCGAUCGGAUGCAAGCACUUUGCGAAUUGGGCGAGCUUGUUUCUGGUCCCGAUGCUGCUUCUAUAUCGACCCUGCUGGCAUGCUAUGCUAAAGCUCCUGACGGAGUCAACAAGAAAAAGGUUCAUGCCGUCUUGGACCAGUUGUCACUUCGAAGCGCAUCGGAACUGUCCAUGUAUGAACACUUGAUGAUUAUCCGCUCUCUCUGCCAAUUGGAGGACGGUGAACUCCUAGUCAGGGCCGAGCAAAUACUUCAGAGGAUGCUGAAAGAGUACCACCACGACAGUUCAAAGUGGAAUCCAAAGUCGAUAAGAGCCGCAUUUGAUACUCUCGCAAGAGCUUGGGAGAACUCAACCGAAACCCAAGGAUCAGAGUACGCACGUAGACUGCGACAGCAAUUGAGGUCGAUGAAUCUACAAUUGAAGCGUUGAGUUGCCAACGCCGCUGUUGGAAUGAACCAAGAAAGGAGCUGUGUUGUUUCAACGGAGUCUCCACCAUGAAAAUGGUAGCCCUUGGAACGCAAUAGCUACUUGGUCAUCUAGAAAUGCAGAACUUGGCUCUUGACGGGGAGUGCCCACGGAAUGUUGAAUGCUGCCAGAUGCCUCUUGGUUGCAGAACAAGGCCACGGAAAGUUCUAAGAUGGGCUUGUGAACAUGAUGCCUUUGGGACUCUUGGGACUCAACAAACAAGUGAAGUGGCUGGAGAUGUCCAUAUUGAAAUUCUCAGGCGGGCUAAUGGAAAUGGAUGCCCUUGGGACACAAGAAUAGUUCAGUUGCAGCCAAAAUUGAUCAUGCUGACACGGGUUUACGAGAAGGGGUGCCCAUGAAAUGAAGGACGCCUGAAGAAGCUGACAAUUUAAAAAGGGGGUGAACGGCAUGGGCGCCGUGGAAUGCAAGACAACAGGUUUUGCGCUGCUAGCUAGCUAGAUAUAGUUAUUAUGAAUAUACUGAUAUGGGCUGCAAUGGUGACUGAAUUCUCAGAAUGAAUGUUAAUACGCACUGCAGCUGAUUCAAUGCCAGCUACCGGUAGGCCCCUCUACAUGACUUCGCUAUUCCACUGUAUUCUGGAUUUGCGACGGGAUACAGCUUACAAUUCAGCUUUACAGCUUUACAAUUGGCAGGCUUAUUCUAGAAAAUAAUCAAUAACUGCUCACUUAUUUGG